AUGAAACGCAGGCUCCCCAUCCAUGCCGAUUAUCUGAGUCCGACGAAUGCCCACGCACUUGAUCUCACUUUUGCCGAUACUGGGCUACGGCCAUCCGGCAAGGUUCUGGGCACCAAUUACCUCACUUACUUUCCUCCUGCUACGCGGCAGUCAGAACUUCUAGACGACGGCACAGACUUGUUUCAUGCACCGGACUCAUCUUUCAAGUACCGACUAUGGACUGGUGGCGUGUUCGAAGUCUCGCCUGACAGCAGAAACAGAAGGCUGAGACACCGCGAUCAUGGACCUCGAAGAGCUGUGCUACUUGAAACCAUCAGCGAUCUUCGGGUGCGCGGCGAUAAGUUCUUCGUAGGCAUCGAUCGAGUGCCGUGCCUGGGCUUUCCGCAGGACGUAGGAGAUCCGGUCACGCCGAAGCACGCUGAUUUCAACUCGCAGGUCGGGCUUGAUGCUUCUCACAGCUUGACUGCUGCGUUCUUCCAGCUCGAUGAGGCAGGCCGGCCGCAACGAAAGCAUCUUCAGGACCUGGUCGCCUUCAACAAAGGUCUAUUGCCGGUUCUGUAUGAAAGACGAUGGAUCUGUUUCACACGCGAGAGGCCCAAGCUGAACACGAGCCCGGAGUCAACUCCAUUGCCAGGGGAUGUGUUCCUACGACAUUCUCUUACGACCACACCAGCGAUGUUGUUUCGCUUUUCCGCACUGACCUUCAAUGCCCACGCCAUUCACAUCGAUCCCGAGUACACCAAGCAAGUGUAUGGCCUUCCGGACCUCCUAGUCCAUGGACCGAUGACGCUACAUAUGCUUCACUGUCACGCCAUGCAAGUGGCUGACAACUACAAUGCGCUAGGCGCCACCAAGCUCAGGUUGGAUAAAAUAGCUUACCAGAAUAUUGCGCCGAUUUUUGUGAGAGACACCAUCGAAAUCGGUUGCACCACGCCAGUGCUCGUCAAAAAACCUGUCCACCGUCUCCGGGCCGAAAUGUGGAUUGCUAAGCGCGUCGGCACAGGAAGCGACGCAGGAAUGGCAAAGUGCGUGAAGGCGGAAGUUCAUUUCCACUUCAACGCGACGGCGGCGACGAAAGACGCUUCGCAAGCAGCGGCGCAGGAAGACGUCGAUCAGUCCGUUAUCAUCGACACUCCAGUGCCCGACAGUGAUGACUAUAAUCGGACACAACGGAAAGGAAGCGGAAUGAACAUCAGAAAAGUUGAGAAAGUACCCAAAAUCCCUCUCAGAAAAGGGUGUUGGAGCGAUAAAGUAAGAUACUACGCGCAAGACUGA